CCAUGGUCGCCACCGAGCCCUGGAGCCCGCGUCCAGGGACGGAGCUCUGGGACUACUCCGGCUCGGGCGAGCCGGGGGAGGAGUUGGAGCCGUGCCCGUCGUGGGAGCUGCCCUACAGCUACGCCUACGUCCCCGCGCUCUACCUGGCGGCCUUCGCCAUGGGGCUGCUGGGCAACGCCUUCGUGGUGUGGCUGCUGGCCGGGCGGCGAGGGCCGCGGCGGCUAGUGGACACCUUCGUGCUGCACCUGGCGGCCGCCGACCUGGGCUUCGUGCUCACGCUGCCGCUGUGGGCGGCGGCGGCGGCGCGGGGCGGCCGCUGGCCCUUCGGCGCGGGGCUCUGCAAGCUGAGCAGCUUCGCGCUGGCGGGCACGCGCUGUGCGGGCGCGCUGCUGCUGGCCGGCCUCAGCGUGGACCGCUACCUGGCCGUGGUGAAGCUGCUCGAGGCGCGGCCGCUGCGCACCCCACGCUGCGCGCUCCUCGCCUGCUGCGGCGUCUGGGCCGUGGCGCUGCUGGCUGGCCUGCCCUCCCUGCUCUUCCGCGGGCUGCGACCCUUCCCCGAGGGCUCGGGCACCCAGUGCGGCGAGGAGCCUUCCGACACCUUCCAGGCGCUCAGCCUACUGCUGCUGCUGCUGACCUUCGUGCUGCCGCUGGCCGUCACCGUCUUCUGCUACUGCCGCAUCUCGAGCCGCCUGCGCAGGCCGCCGCACGUGGGCCGGGCCCGGAGGAACUCGCUGCGCAUCAUCUUCGCCGUAGUGGGCAGCUUCGUGGGCUCCUGGCUGCCGCUCAGCGCCCUGCGGGCAGUCUUCCACCUGGCGCGCCUGAGGGCGCUGCCGCUCCCCUGCCCCCUGGUGCUGGCGCUGCGCUGGGGCCUCACGGUCGCCACCUGCCUGGCCUUCGUCCACAGCUGCGCGAACCCGCUCAUCUACCUGCUCCUGGACCGCUCCUUCCGCGCGCGGGCCUUGCACCGGGCCUGUGGCCGCGCCGGCCGCCAGCUACCCAGGAUCAGCUCAGCCUCUUCGCUCUCCAGGGACGGCAGCUCCGUGUUCUGGGGUCGCCCCCAGACCCAGAACGCUGCUUCGGCCGCCUGGUAGCUCCCCCACUAGCGGGUGGAGAGCGGUGUGGCGGGGGCGGGCAGCAGCGGAGCGA